AUGGUUGAGAUUGCUAGUCGAUCUGCUGGGCCUACUUCAGGUGCGUUAGGCGACAUUCAUCGGAUUGCUAUUGAUAUUUUGCAUGUUAUUGGAGAGGACCAUCGCAUACAUUUUGCCCGUCAGUCGCCUACAUCAUCAUACCCAUCUAUGAGACCACCUAUGUCAGCCACUACAGUUAGGAUGCAGCCUAUUCGAGGCCGAGGGAGAGAUAGUAGGAGAGAUGGUGGGCGAGUUGGUCGACAGCCUCGACGAUCUAUGCAUCCACCCGAGACCAUGUUAGCACCAUCCACAUCAUCUACCCCAUUUGCACCUGAGGUUUCCACACUUCCCCCUUCACCCCUACCAUCACCUUCACCUAGACCUUCUCCCUUAGAGCAUGUCGUAUCAGAUACCACUCUACCAUCACCUGUAUUUCCUCCCACAGACGCCACUAUACCUGAUGUCACUACACCAGAGACUACCCCACUAUCUACUAAUCUACCAUCACCUCUACCUUGUCUCGAGGAGACCACUACACCACAUGUCACCUCACCAUCAUCACUUAUAUUUCCUCUCCUCGAGCCCACUAUAUCAGAUGUUAUUGCACCAGCUACCACUACAGUAGAUGUCAUUCUUCCAUCUCCUAUAUCACCUCUCCUAGAUGCUACCAUAUCAGAUAUCACUGUACCUGAGGUCGCCCCACCAUCUACCACUUUACCAUCACCUACACCUCUUCCCAUAGAGACUACCAUGCAUCAUACCCUUACACAUGUUACACAGUUUGAUGUAUGUCCACCUAGGAGACGUCGUGGUCCACGUAGACGUCGAGUCUUGCCUCCAUCAGCUCCAUCUCAACCUAUACAUACCGAGACAUGGCAGAUUGCACAGAUAAAUUCCACAGAGAUGUCUCUUUAUCAUAGGCGUCCGCAGAGAAAGAGGAAGACCCCAUCAUGUGGCACUCAUUGA